AUGUCAACCUUUUUAUCUGGGGUAAUAAACCCGGACCCUGGAUCUACAGACAUUAAUAAUGUUUUUUCAUUAAAUCCUCUUAACCUAUUACCAAGUACUGACAUCAGUGAGGUGUUUUUCACGAUUCAAAAGUUGUACCAACAACAGAUUAAAGGGUAUUGGGAGUUGAUUAGUCUUAAACAAUACUUGGAUCAUAAAUUGGUUCCACGGGGACUUAGACCUGAAAUAUCUUUGCCUGAAAAAGCCAUCACAGAUGAACAAAUAAAAGAAUGGAAUAGCAUCCUUCUUGAUUGUUCGGCCAAACUUAUGCAGUUCCUGGUUAAAUUAGAAACAAACAAUUUGGACACGGUAAAUAAGAAUCUUGAAAAGGAACUGGUUAAUGUAAAAAUUUUUAAAGAUAGAUCAGAAUUCUCCCUUCUUGAAAAUAAGUUACAGAAAAAUUUAGAAGGAUUUAAGAAACACGUCAGGGAAAAGAAACACGAGAAGUACCUAAGAGACCAUAGAGACUUUCAGGAAGGCAAUAUCUUUCGAACUAAAAGAGCUAAAAAAUAUUACAACAGUAGGAACAGUUCUACAUCUGGGAAUACUGAUUGGUCCGAUUCGGACUCUAGUACCUCUAGAAAAGAUCAAAAGAAAACUUAUUCACAACCUUAUAGAAACAGAGGCAUCCUUAAGACUCGGAACGUCACUUUUCCAGACACCCUUAAUCUGGAAACGGCAACAGCUAACCAGACCCAAAAUACUGAGGGACAACUUCCUUUUUUAGAGGAGGACUGGCCCCUCCCACAGAGAGACAAAUUACGAGACAGACGCAAAUGGGGCUACAAACGGGACAAAAGAUCAAAUCAGUACUAA